AAACAAAAGACCUGUGUCUUAGCCGCUGUCAGCUGCCUGCAGCAGGUGGGCAACGGCCUGCGCAUCAGUCUGAUUGGACCAAUGCGCAGCACAUUGCACACUCAGAUGUUACAGCUGACAGGGUACAUGAAGGACAUGAGAAACGAGUCCGUUUACUCACAGCCGCACCACUGGGCAGCCACCUCUAGCUAGCUAUUGGCUUCCUCCUCAUCCCGCUCUGUGCUCUUCCUCUCGGGGCUCCCCUCCACAGACACCGACACGGCACCAUUCGGGCUGCCCGCCCCGUCCCCCUCCCUCUCAGACACAGCAGCCUCAGGCGGCUGCCUGUCAGCCCCCCCGCCACCGCUGCCAUCGUGUGGCGGCACUGCUGGCGCCGCAGUAGCUGGAUUGCCGAUGCGACUGAACCACGGCUUCGCGAAGCCGCCUGCGGCUGCUGGUGUCGCCGUGUUGAUGGGGUGCAGCCCAUUGAGGGCCAGCGGCGCCUUGACGCCAUCACGGCCGUCCUCCCUGGGUCCAUAUGUGCUGCUGGGAACGCCGUUGGUGACAUGCGGUGAGUUGGCCGCGGCCGCCAUGGGUUGGGGGGGCGAUGCGACGCUUGAGGGUGCCGAGGGCAGGUCGGCUGAGAGGCUGUCGAGGGUCUGUUCGAGCAGUGUGCGGGCGGCCUGUACGCGGGACAUGUCCAAGCCAACGAACGCCUGAGGAAUCCAGGAAGAUUGAGAGCGUGGCGGCGGUUCAGCCGUGAUCACAUGUUGCCUGUCUGUAUGGCGUACGUAUGAUUGUUGCUUCUGCUCGAAACCGAUGCACUUGAGCAGCGCCGGUGUGGACCGUUUCGUGCCCAGACGCUCUGCACGCACACAAGCCACACAGACAGCUCAUGUGUGUGCGCCUUAGUGAGGGCACCGAUGUGUUGUGGCCUCACUGACCAUUGAAUCGCGCGCUUGACGCGUUUAUCUUUCGGUACCGGUCGGCGUCAGGAUACGUCAGCAGGUUCUUCAAUAUCAACUGCAACCAUACACACACUCUCCCAUUAGCAUCUCCUCCCUCUUUCUUCUCCCCGAUCCAUCCAUCUCCAGCGGCUCCACCCACCUGCAGGGUGGCCAGUGUCUUCUUGGCCUCCUCCCUGCCCUCACAGUCGUCAACCAGGGCACGCACACACGCCGACACCUCACCAUCGACCGCUGCCAUCUCUCGCGCGUCCGAUGCAGCAGGCGACGGCGACGUUGGCCGCGACGUGGGGGGCUGCUGGAUGGCGUCGGUCAUCGAGGGCAUCACGCCAUCCACCUCAGCAGCACCGCUGGCCUGGCGCAGAAAGCAACAAGGAGGAUGCCUUCCGCCUUUCUGAUGCAUGUCUUGCCGGCUGUCAACGGCUCACCUGGGAUGGCCUUUGGUGCUGCUGCUGCUGCUGUUGGAGCAGGCUUUUGAUGACGCCGGCCAUCUCCCGCAGCUCGUGCCCCUGACGCUGGACCAUAUCCAACAACUGACACGACAGCACAUACAAACAGACAUGGGCGAGAUGACCUUGGGCACUCAUCGGGUUGUCAUGUCAGUCAGCCUCACCGCGUCCUCCCGCCGCUUGACUUCGUUCUUCAUCUCCCGGAUCUCAUUCGAGAGGGCAAACGACAUCGACAAUGACAUGGGAGGCAUGCCAGGGCUCAACUCAUCUGCACACAAACGCACACACGAGGAACAUCAGACUCAGCAACACGUGUCUGACCACGCCCGGCUGUUCCCCUGGCUGUGUGCUCACUGACCUGCCUCUCCGUUGGUAGCAGCAGCGGCAGGGAUAGGUCUGCCGUCCAUGUGCUCGUCUCCUGCCCUCCUCAUGCCCAGCCCCCUGCCGCCCCGCCGCCCGCUGUCGUCCUCAUCGUCACCUUCCAGUGGCAACGCACCACCGCUCUCGGCCGCCUCACGGGGAGCAGCAGCCGCCUCCUCGAUGCGCCACUUGGUGUACAUGUCCUGAGCAAUCAGUGAGGGAAGGAGUCGUGACACAGGCGUGUGUGUGUUGUGUGUGUGGUUCUGUGGUUUUGUGGUUGCUUGAUUGGGUAACCCACCCAGACAUAGUGGAGAAUGGCAUAUGCGCCGAAGGAUAUGAUCAUGGGCACAGUCCACUCCUGCAGACGCUGAACCCAACCCUUGCGACGGCCUGCACCACAGCCACACCGUCAAGCCAAGCGAACGAUGUCACAUCCACUACUCUGUUCUCCCUCCCUCCCUCCCUCCCUCCCUCCCUCCCCUCUCUCACUCUUGAUGCGUCCGUAGGGGUAGGGAUACGAGCCGAGGGGAUAGGCGGCUGGGUAGGGCGGGGGCGGCAUGGAAGAGGGCACCAACGCAGAGGCCACAGCGGGGGUGGGCGAUGGAGGUGACGGAGAGGGAGAUACCUGAACAGCAAUGUUAGCACCAGGGGGGAGGGCAAACAACCAUCACAUCGCCUACCGCACAGACACACACAUCGGUUUCUUUCCCAGUCUCACCUGCGUCUGUUGUUGCUGCUUGACGCGUUGGAAGGCCUCGGCAAUCUCGCUGUCCGGCAGUCCCUUCUUCUUUAGGAACUCCCUCUUCUGCUCCUCAGACGCCGCUUGCACUGCUUGCGCGCCAACCACCCCGAUAUAUGCAGCCACAAUCACAGGAAGGAGAUAUCGACAUAGAUGCGCAUUCAGCGUGUGUGUACCUGAUGGGUGUGACAGGAACCGCACCGCGUUCUGCACCUGGUCCUCCCGAAUCGUCCCAUUCGCUGGUGGGGGACUGCUCAUGUCAGUCAGCGAGAUCAACGAGAUACAAAAGCGAAC